AUGGCAUAUGAUAGUAACACAUUGUUAACAGAAGUAUAUAUUGUUCUUCUUUUUAUCGCGUCUGGGGCUUUAGUGCUUGUGUUAUAUAACUGCAUCUCGAUGAUUGCAUGGGGCCUGGAUCGUCGUAGGAGACAACAAGGCCUCGUAGAGACAGGGCGGCAAGAAACUGAGGUGAAAGUUGAUGAUUAUGUGGUUGGGCACAUCCCAACCCACAAACACAUGAAGGUCGCGGGCUCAGAAGAAGAUGAACAUGUGUGUGCCGUGUGUUUGAGUGAGUUCGAGGAAGGAGAGGAGCUACGCACUUUGCCUAAGUGUAUGCACUCGUUUCAUGUCCCAUGCAUCGACAUGUGGUUGUGCUCGCAUCGUAGUUGCCCUAUUUGUCGAGUGGAUGCAACCAUUGUUGCGCCUCCAUCGGUUGACAUUAUGUGUGUAGUUGACCCAUAA